CGGGGGUGCGGCUCCAGGAAACGGCGCGCUCUGCUCGCUCACUGCUCCGCGCUCCAGGCACCCAACGCGCACCAGACGACCCCGCCGACUCAGCCAGACCACCCCACGGGCCCCUGCGGCGACAGCCGGGAGAGUGGGCCUGGGUCCGAGCCUCAGUCAACUCCGCAAGGACGGGGCGGGUGGCGCGGAUCGGAGCCCUAAAAGCCAUGGGGACCUGGACUGGGCCAGCGGUCGUGGGCCAGCGGGAGCCCUUGGCCUGAGAAGCGGACGACGGGGCUGGAGCCAUGACCUCGGUGUGGAAGCGCCUGCAGCGCGUGGGCAAGCGGGCCGCCAAGUUCCAGUUUGUGGCCUGUUACCAUGAGCUGGUGUUGGAGUGCACCAAGAAAUGGCAGCCGGAUAAGCUGGUGGUGGUGUGGACCCGGCGGAACCGACGCAUCUGCUCCAAGGCCCACAGCUGGCAGCCAGGCAUCGAGAACCCAUACCGGGGCACCGUGGUGUGGAUGGUUCCUGAGAAUGUGGACAUCUCUGUGACCCUCUACAGGGACCCACACGUGGACCAGUAUGAGGCCAAAGAGUGGACAUUUAUUAUUGAGAACGAGUCCAAGGGGGGGCAGCGGAAGGUGCUGGCCACGGCCGAGGUGGACCUAGCCCGCCAUGCGGGGCCCGUGCCUGCCCAUGUUCCACUGCGGCUGCGGCUGAAGCCCAAGUCGGUGAAGGUGGUGCAUGCUGAGCUGAGCCUCACUCUCUCAGGGGUGCUGCUGCGGGAGGGCCGUGCCACGGACGAUGACAUGCAGAGUCUUGCAAGCCUCAUGAGCGUGAAGCCUAGUGAUGUGGGCAACCUGGACGACUUUGCUGAGAGUGACGAGGAUGAGGCUAAUGGCCCAGGGGCCUCUGAGGCCCGGGCUCGAGUGCCCCAGCCAGCCCCCUCUAGGGAGCUGAAGACACUUUGUGAGGAGGAGGAGGAGAGCCGAGUCCGAUCCCAGCAGGCAGCUGCCAGACCUAGUGCCGAGGAUACCAGCCCAGCCCCUGUGAGUGCCCCUGUGCCCCCGGCCAGGGCCUCUCGGGGCCAGGGGUCAGAACCAGCUACUGUAGCAGGGGGCCAGGUGGGGCCUGAGGGCCCAAGGCCCCCGGGAACCCCACCAGAGAUGAGUUCUUCGAGGCAGCCAGGCCAGGACGUGGCCCCCGCCCCGGCUCCUCGGCUCCGGAAAGGCUCUGACACCCCCCGGCCCCCAAUCCUCCAAGGGGAGGAUGAAGUCCCCAAAGCCUCAGGGACUCCCCCAGCAGGAAUGGGUUCUUCCAGGGAGACCCAGGCCCGGGCAAACCUUCAGGAAGGGAUGGAGGCCCACGGAGCUAGGCUGGGCCCAGGCAUUGAGGAUGAAAGCUCCAGAGACUCUUUGGGAGCGCAGAAACCCAGGGUUGAAGAGGGGGCCACUGGGGACAGGCCAGAGGCUAGUGGGAUGGACACUGAGCACAGGUCAGGAGUUGGAGAGGUGAACACUAAGAGGCCAGGGGUAAGAGCGGGGCAGGCUGAAGAGAGUUCAGAAGUUUGUCAAGUAGAUGCUGAGCAGAGAUCAAAAGUGAGGCAUGUGGACACUAAGGGACCAGAGGCUACAGGGGUGAUGCCUGAGGCAAGAUUCAGGGGGACUCCUGAGGCUCCUCCAAGGGGCUCUCAGGGGAGGAUGGGAGUCAGGACCAGGGAUGAGGCCCCCACAGGCCUGAGCCCAUCCCCAGCAGAGCCCACAGGGCACUCUGAGCAUCUCAGUGACCUCAAGGGGGCCAGUGCUGCUACAGGCCAGGAGAGAGAGGGUGCAGAGGUGAGGGGUGGAGCCCCUGGUGUUGAGGGGACAGGCCUGGAGCAGGGCCCCUCUGUUGGAGCAACAAGCACCAGCCCCCAGGUGAGCAGGUAUCAGGGGGCCCGGUCAUCAGCUGAUCAGGGGGCAAUGUCUAGGGACCUGGGGGUCUGUGAGGCAGAAGCUGGCGAGUCAAGGGUCCUGGGAACAGAGACUGAGGUGGCAGAGUUGGAGGUAUUGCAGACCCGGCAGGGAGAAGUGGGGGGCUCAGGCUUCCCAGAGCUAGAGACUGGGACAUUAGAAGCUGAGACACUGGGGGCACAGGAGACAGAGGCAGCAAGAUUAGGGGUCCUGGAGUCAGGGGCUGCUGGGACAGCAGAGUCUGAGGUACUGGGGACCCAAGAAACAGAGGCUCAGGGUUCAGAUGUUCUGGGGAUAAGAGCUAGGAUAACAGAGAUUGAGAUAUUGGGGACCCCAGAAAUAUCUGGGGGUUCAGGGGUACUGAGGAUAGAAAAUAAAAUAGAAUCUGAGAUAUUGGGGGCCCUGGAGACAGAGGUGGGAGGUUCCAGGAUACCAGAGACAGAGGCUGGGGGGACAGAGGCUGAAAUAUUGAGGACCCAAGAGAUAGAAGUUGAGAGUUCAGGGGUCCCAGGGAUAGAAGCUGAGGUAGCAGGGACCCAGGAGGCAAAGGUAGGGGGUUCUGCGGUUCCAAACUCAGAGGAAGGGACAGCAGAAGCUGAGAUAUUGGGGACCCAGGAGAUAACAACUGGUGGCUCACAGGUCCCAGGGAUAGAAGGUGAGACAGCAAAGACUGAGAUAUUGGGGGCCCAGAAAACAGAGAUAGAGGGUUCAGAGGUUCCAGUGAUAGAGAUUGGGACAGCAGAAGCGGAGAUAUUGGGGGCCCAGGAGAUAACAGCUGGAGCCUCAGUGGUCCCAGGAAUAGAAGCUGAGGUAGCAGGGACCCAGGAGACAAAGGUAGGGGGUUCUGGGGUACCAGGGAUAGAGACUGGGACAGCAGAAGCUGAGAUAUUGGGGACCCAGAAGAUAACAACUGGUGGCUCACAGGUCCCAGGAAUAGAAGCUGAGACAGCAAAGACUGAGAUAUUGGGGGCCCAGAAAACAGAGAUAAAGGGUUCAGAGGUUCCAGUGAUAGAGAUUGGGACAGCAGAAGCGGAGAUAUUGGGGUCCCAGGCUAUAGCAUCUGGGGAUUCAGGGGUCCCAGGGAUAGAAUCUGAGAUACUGGGGGCCCAGGAGACAGAGAUGGAGGAUUCAGGGGUCUCAGGCAUAGAGGCUGGAAUGGCAGACGCUGAGGCACUAACGACCCGACAGACAGAAACUGCGGUUUCACAGGCUGAGAAAACAGAAGCUAAGACUUCUGGGGUCCAGGAAGCAGAGACUGGAGUCUGGAGGGCUCUCAAAUAUGAGGCUUUAAGGGCCCCAGUCAGUAACCCAAGAGUUUUAGGGUCCCGGGAAGCAGAGGCAGAGAUUUCAGGAGUACGAGAGCCAGGGACAGUUUUGAGGGUCCGGGAGGCAGAGGCUGGAGUUUUGGGGGUGUCAAAGGCCAAAUAUGGGGAUUGGGAGGCCCAGGAAGCAGAGAUGGAGGCUUUAGGGCCUCCAGAGAACGAAUCUGGUGUUUUUGAGGCCCAGGAAGCAGAGGCUGGGGUCUUGGGAAAUGAGAAGGGAAAAGAAGCUGAGGGAAGCCUCCCAGAGGCCAGCCUGAUUGAAGCACAGGUGGCUGGUGGGGCAGGGGCUGGGGUGCCCAGGCCCUCGGGGGCCUCUUCCCCAGAGGAGCCUGAAGAGGACAGGAGGCUGCCGGGCAGCCAGGCACCACCUGCCCCUGUCAGCUCCAGCCAGUCGCUGCUGGAGUGGUGCCAGGAAGUCACCGCUGGCUACCGUGGCGUCCGCAUCACCAACUUCACCACGUCCUGGCGCAACGGCUUGGCCUUCUGUGCCAUCCUGCACCGAUUCUACCCAGACAAGAUUGACUAUGCUUCCCUUGACCCACUCAACAUCAAGCAGAACAACAAGCAGGCUUUCGAUGGCUUCGCGGCCCUGGGCGUGUCGCGGCUGCUGGAGCCGGCGGACAUGGUGCUGCUGUCUGUGCCCGACAAGCUCAUCGUCAUGACGUACCUGUGCCAGAUCCGCGCCUUCUGCACCGGGCAGGAGCUGCAGCUGGUGCAGCUGGAGGGCGGAGGCGGCGCCGGCACCUACCGCGUGGGCAGCGCCCAGCCCAGCCCGCCGGACGACCUGGACGCCGGCAGCCUGGCGCAGCGGCUUCGUGAGCACGGGGCCGACGCGUCCACGGAGCCCCAGGAGGCUGCGAACCGCGCGGACGAGGUGGCCCCGGAGGCGGCCUCCAGGGGCGUGGACGCGGGCCGAGCCUCCAAAGACGGCGGGGCCGAGGCCGCACGGGAAGGGCGCUCCGCAGAGGCCCUGGCCGACGGCCCUGGAGCCCGGGCGCCGGUGCUCCCGGCCGAGGGGCUGGUGAACGGGGCCGGGGCGCCAGGCGCCGGGGGCGGCGUGAGGCUGAGGCGGUCAUCGGUGAACGGGGAGGCCGGGCCGGUGCCCCCGCCGCGCGCGCACGGCUCCUUCUCCCACGUGCGCGACGCCGACCUGCUGAAGAAGAGGCGUUCGCGGCUGCGGAACAGCAGCUCCUUCUCGGUGGACGACCCGGACUCGGGAGCCGCGGGAGCUGCGGAAGGCUUGGGCCCUGACCCCAGCCCUGUGCCUGGCCCACCCACAGCCACAGCCUCUCAACAGACCCCUGGUGGGAGUCCCCCAUCAGAGGAGCCACCCCCAAGCCCAGGAGAGGAGGCUGGGCUGCAACGGUUCCAGGACACAAGUCAGUACGUGUGUGCAGAGCUACAGGCCCUGGAACAGGAACAGAGGCAGAUAGAUGGGCGUGCGGCUGAGGUGGAGACGCAGCUGAGGAGCCUCAUGGAGUCAGGUGCCAACAAGCUGCAGGAGGAGGUGCUGAUCCAGGAGUGGUUCACCCUGGUCAACAAGAAGAACGCUCUCAUCCGGAGGCAGGACCAGCUGCAGCUGCUCAUCGAGGAGCAGGACCUGGAGCGGAGGUUCGAGCUGCUGAGCCGAGAGCUGCGGGCCAUGCUGGCCAUCGAAGACUGGCAGAAAACGGCCGCGCAGCAGCACCGAGAGCAGCUCCUGCUGGAGGAGCUGGUGUCGCUGGUGAACCAGCGCGACGAGUUGGUCAGGGAUCUGGACCACAAGGAGCGGAUCGCCCUGGAGGAGGACGAGCGCCUGGAGCGCGGCCUGGAGCAGCGGCGCCGCAAGCUGAGCCGGCAGCUCAGCCGGCGCGAACGCUGCACGUUGAGCUGAGGUCGCGCAGGCCCCGGAGGCCUUCGCCGCUCCCCACCGGCUCAGACCGCAGCCUCGCUCGCCGCCCGGCCUGCGCCGCGCAGGACCGGCCCCACCGACGGUGGGCACGGCCGCCAGGGGUCGUCCCUUCCUGGAGCUGGUUGGGGGAGGCAGCCCCUCAGCCCGACGGACGGGAGCGGCCGGGUGGCCGCGCUGUAUUUAUUUGCCUGUAGGCGUGUGCGCGUGUCCGCGGUGGGCUGGGGUCCCGGGCGCGCCGCGCGGAGCCCCUCCGCGACGGCAGGGCCCGGCCCCGCGAGUCUCGUGAAGAGGGACGGCCCGGGGACCGCCGCCCCCGCCCUCCUCCCCGUCCUGUUUUGACGCGCAAUA